AUGCCCCGCGACCCGCUCAUCGGGCUCGUGGGUAAGCCGUCGUCGGGCAAAUCCACCACCCUCAACAGCCUGACCGACUCGUCGUCCAAAGUGGGCAACUUCCCUUUCACCACCAUAGACCCCAAUCGAGCCAUCGGCUAUCUUCAGAUCCCAUGCGCUUGUUCGCGCACCUCCCUACCUGGCAAUGCCGGUGCACCUCCGCCGCUGCAGUCCCGAUGUAAACCCAACUACGGCGCCUGCCAGCAGGGCACGAGAAGCGUACCCAUCGAACUCCUCGAUGUCGCCGGCCUGGUCCCCGGUGCUCAUCAAGGCCGGGGCUUGGGAAACAAGUUCCUCGACGAUCUCCGGUCCGCCGACGCCUUGAUUCACGUCGUCGAUGUUAGCGGCACCACCGACGCCGAGGGCAAGGCGACCAGAGGUUAUGACCCCAGCCAAGACAUCGCAUGGCUCCAGAAUGAGAUUGUACGCUGGAUCCACGGUAACCUGACACGCGAAGGCAAGUGGGCGAGCAUCAAGCGCCGCCACAUCGCCGUCAAAGCCUCGUCUGUCGAAACGCUGCAAGGCCAAUUCUCCGGCUACGGUGCAAACAGUGCCAUCAUCUCUCGCACUCUCGACCACGCCCACGUCAAGCAUCCCUUGCAGGACUGGGACGACCCAACGGUGGAAAGGGUGGUGGAGAGCUUCGUCGAGACCAAGUUCCCCACCGUCCUAGCCUUGAACAAGAUCGACCACCCCGAUGCGGAUAAAAACAUCGCCAAGAUCGCCAAACAACACCCUCCCGAACGGCUGGUCUUGUGCUCUGCAAUAUCAGAAGUCUUCCUACGCCGGCUUGUCAAGCAGAACUAUGUGCGGUACAUCCCCGGCUCUGAAUUCGUCGACACGCACGAGGAUCUUCUCGAGAUCAGCGAAGAGGAAGCGGGUGGAUUGAAAGAGCUCGACGAGAAACUCAAAACACGCAUCGAGAAUCUCAAAGACAUGGUCCUGUAUCGCUUUGGCAGCACCGGGGUCAACCAAGUGUUGACUCGCGCUUCGGAGGUGCUGGGGCUGGUACCCGUGUUCCCCGUCAAAAACAUCAGCACCUUCGGCUCGGGUGAGCCAGGCGCGGCAGGUGGCGACCGAGCAGCGGUCUUCCGGGAUUGCUUGUUGGUGAAAAAGGGAAGCACAGUGGGCGAUGUGUACAGAAAAAUUAUGGGCGAUGCGCCGCUCGCUUUCACCGAGACGGUAGGCGGGGUGAGAGUGGGCGAGGAGGAUGAGAUUCAGGCGGGAAAGAACGAUAUCCUGACAUUUCGGGUUGGGAGGGCAUGA